AUAAAGAUAACCUUCAAAGCGAAAGAAGGAGAGAUGGUGGUACAGUCUCCGUUGCUGCCAAAUCAUCAACAUCUUAGCGAUAUGCGAUGGCACACACUGCUUUUUUAUCAGGAGGAACGUAGUUCGCUCUACAUGUUGCUCGUGGACAACACAACAGUAGUUACUGAAAGUGGCGCUCCCCCUUCAGCUCCACUCGUUCGAAGUGGAUUCCGCGGCUGUUUGGCUGGAUUUCGGCUCAAUGAUCAAGCUAUUGAUGUCUAUGAUGAUUCUGAGGACAAGAAGGAUGUAGUUCGAGGAUGCUCUGGUCCACUUGCCCGUUGUUCGCCUGGAGCAUGUUCAAAUCGAGGCCGAUGUAUACAACAAUGGAACUCGAUAAGAUGCGAUUGCACUCUAACUGCUCAUGCUGGAGACAGAUGUCAAGACGGUUAG